AUCCAUUUAAAAUUGAAUUAUUAUUAUUAUUAUUUAAAAAAGAAAAAAGAAAAAAGAAGGGGUGAUUUCGGAAAAAAGAAAGAAAGGAUAGAUCAUAGAUAUCUAUUCUAAUUUGUAGAUAGAAAGCUCAAUAAAUUAAGCUCUCGCAUCUUCCACCGACCGCAGUUUCACAUCUCAUUUUCUUUUCCAGAAAACGAAGAUAAGACAAGAAUAAAACGACGUCGUCUCAUCUCAUAUAAACAUUAUACUAUUACUAGUUGCGGAUUGAAUUGAAGAGUAAGAUUUGCAGAAGAUGACCACGCCGGUUUGCCCAUUUGUGAAAGCCUCUCGCCCUGAUGAGACUUCUUUAAAGAAAUGUCCCUUUGGAUUUGAUUCUUCUAGUACAACUACUGCUGCUGCUACUAACGACAAAAACAAUAAACCAUCACAACCCCACAAAAAACAACAAUCACCAUCGCCAUCACCAGCAGUGAUUGAGGCAAAAUGCCCUUUUGGAUAUGAUUCUCAGAAACUGAAGAUUGGCCCACUUAGCUGCGUCAUAUGCCAAGCCCUUAUCUUUCAAUGUAGCAGAUGUGUACCUUGUUCUCAUGCUUUUUGCAAAGGCUGUAUUUCAAAGUUCAACGACUGCCCAUUGUGUGGAGCUGAUAUAGAGAAGAUUGAAGAUGACGAGAAGAUCCAGAGCUUGGUGGAUCGUUUCAUUGAAGGUCAUGCUAGAAUUAAGAGAACCCAGGAAAUUGAUAGUAAUAAUACUGAGAAUAAUAAAGAGGAAGGUGUAGCUGAAUCUCCUAAAAACAAGACAGUGAUUUAUGAGGAUGUGUCUUUGGAGAGAGGUGCCUUUUUGUUUCAACAUGCCAUGAGGGCAUUUCGGGCCCAAAAUAUGGAGAGUGCCAAGUCCAGGCUCAGUCUUUGUGCUGAAGACAUUAGAGAUCAGUUAGAAAAAAUGGGUAACACCUCCGAGUUGUGUUCUCAGCUUGGAGCGGUUCUGGGUAUGCUUGGUGACUGCUGUCGAGCAACAGGUGACACCACUUCUGCCAUCUCUUAUUUUGAAGAGAGUGUUGAGUUUCUAUCUAAGCUACCAAGAAAUGAUCUAGAGAUAACACACACACUUUCUGUUUCACUCAACAAAAUUGGAGAUCUUAAAUAUUAUGAAGGAGAUCUGGAAGCUACAAGAACUUACUAUUUUCGGUCUUUAAAUGUUCGACGUGAUGCUGUAAAGGACAAUCCAAAUGUUCCUUCUCUGAUUCUGGACCUUGCUGUUUCACUUGCAAAAGUUGCAGAUGUGGAUAGGAGUUUAGGGAAGGAGGAUGUUGCCAUCAAUGGAUUUCAAGAAGCCAUACAAUUGGUGGAACCGUUGAAAUUGAAACCCGAAGAAACUGGUCUUCAGAAACGGCUUGAUUCAGUGCUAGAGUUCCUUAAAAGUCAAAUUGUGGAAAAAGAAGCUGAGGCAACUCUCUAAUUGAGCUGUGUGUCAACAGAGAGAGAAUAAAUACAAGCAUAGACAACCUGAGGAAGAUGGAGUAGUUUCAAAGUGUUAGCUUGAAUAAAGCGCUGGUGUUAUUGUGUAUUAUUAUGGUUGAGAAACUUUUUCUGCUAUUAUCUAGUAAUUGUAUCUCAUCUCAAGUAUCUGUAUAUAAAAGCUUAUCUGCUACUGAACUUGAACAUGAACAGAGUAAGUGCACAAGCAUCAACCUUGCUCCUGGAUACACUGGAUUUGUGUUACUCCUUUCCUUCCCAUUUGUCUUUGCCUUAUAUACCCUGUCACUAAACUCCUUGUUUUACUACUCAAGUCAAAGAGAAAGGAAAAGUCUUGUUCGAUUAGUCAAGACCAUGUUAGAAAUCUAUUUAAUGGGGUCUGUUAUUUUGCCUUA